AUGGAGCAGGUAGAAAUCCACAGCAAGUCGUAUCUCGUGCGAUGGAUCGGCGUUUCUCCCGCCUACACUAUCUCAUGGACCGUCCAACCGCACAAGAAGUCUAUUAACUUCGCGCUAUUCAAACACGCCGGUGCAAGCAGGUCUGGAACCGCCCUUCCCACCACCGGAACCGACGACGCUCCUCCAGCACCGCACACCGACGGACGCACGAAAUCGAAGACCCCGAACGACAACUCGACCGUCGUGGAGACCCUGCAAUCCAAGGGGUUGAAGCUGGUCCACUGGUUCGGAAAAUGCGAAGCGGACAAGGUCACCACCGGGAAAUAUGAUGUCCCCGACAACGAAGCGGGCAUGUACGGCCUGGUGUUCGACAACACCUUCUCUAAGGCGGUCUCCAAGACAGCCACCGUGGUGAUCAUGACGCAUCCGUCGCAUGCGCCUCCGAAGUCAGGCGGUCCUCAGUACGCGCACGCCGACGGGAGUUCGACCAGCCUACCGACCGCCAAGUCCAGUCCGGCGAUGCGUCCAGUCGCCGACUCCCAAGAAUCCCUCCCGCUGGACGGCACCACGCACCGAGUGACGUUCGCGACCGGCUCUCGACAAGGCUCGGAAAGCCACGGACCAGGACCACCGUUCUAUACCGGCAUCCUACAAAAAAAGCGACGCAAGAGGAACCAAGGGUUCGCGCGCCGGUAUUUCUCCCUCGACUUCACCACCUCCACCCUCUCCUACUACCACAACCGCAACUCCUCCGCGCUGCGCGGCACUAUCCCGCUCUCUCUCGCGGCGGUCAGCGUAGACGAGAAAUCGCGCUACAUCACGGUCGACUCGGGCGCGGAGGUGUGGCAUCUGCGGGCGAACAAUGCGAAAGACUUCCAGGGGUGGAAGGCGGCGUUGGAGAAGGCGGCGAACAUCGCCAGUAGCUCGGCGGCGAAGGAGAAGCAUGAGCCUGCCCAGCCGGCGCGCCCGGCGCGGGCGGUGGAUCCAGCGGAGGAACAGGAGUGGGAUCAGGUGCAAUCAUUGGUGGGGAAGGUCGCGGGGAUACGAGACGCGGUGCGAAGGUUGGCGCAGAAUACGGACCCCAAAUAUCUGCCGCGUUUGUCGACCGCGCAUGGGCCGGGAAUGAGCGACAUCAGUGAAACCACGAGUCCAUCGGAAUCGGAGAAUGGCGAUCCCUUCAGCAAGACAGCCGAUCACAAAGAGAAGAAAGCGUUCUGGAAGCGAAAGCCAAACGUGAAUGGCACGGCCAAUUCGCUAUUCAAGAGGAGUGUGUCGGCGCAGCUCGCGGUACCAUCCCCUGCAAGUGCCGCAAGCAAUGGACAAGUCCCGAAGCUUCAAUAUGUGAACAACGCGGAGAAAGACGCGGGCAUCCACGAUCAUUGCAUGGCCCUGCUCAAGGACCUCGAUGAAACCGUCGCCAAGUUCUCCGAGCUCCUGUCAGAAUCCAAGCAGCGACGACGGCCGCAGAGUAGGACCGCACUAUCGCGCCAGAGCACCGAUUCGAUGUCCUCCAGAGAGGAGUUCUUCGACGCGCCCGACGCCCAAACGCCACGGGUCGGCAUAAUGAAUAUCGACCGAGACAGCGAGGAGAGCGAUGAAAUCUCUCAUGUGUCGGACCGAGCCUCGGAAUCGAGCAGUGAAUUCGCUAGCCUCGCGACGUUUGAGCGGAAGAGCGGGGCGGGCGAACUAUCGAUUUACCCCGUCCGACCGAAGACGUUAGCCCCCCUUCCCCUCGACCCGGUUCCGAGAAGGACCAGCGUGCCGACGGCGAAGUUAAACCCCCCAAGCCUGAUCAGCUUCCUUCGGAAAAACGUCGGCCAGGAUCUGUCGACCAUUGCUAUGCCCGUUUCCGCGAACGAGCCGAUGUCGGGCCUCCAACGCGUUGCAGAGCAGCUGGAAUACACAGGGCUUAUCGACGCGGCGACGACGAAACCAAGUGAGACCGGUGAGAGGCUUCUUUAUAUCGCCGCAUUCGCCAUCUCGGCGUUCUCCAACUCCCGAGUGAAGGAGCGAGCGAUCCGCAAACCGUUCAACCCCAUGCUCGGCGAGACGUACGAGCUCGUCCGCGAAGACAAAGGCUACCGCUUCAUCGCCGAGAAGGUCACGCACCGGCCCGUCCGCAUGGCCUGUCAAGCCGAAAGCGCCACCUGGACCCUCACCCAGUCCCCAAUGCCGGUCCAGAAGUUCUGGGGCAAAUCCAUGGAACUCAACACGGACGGCCCCGUGCACCUCUUCCUUCACUCCGUCGACGAGCACUACAGCUGGACCCUCGCCACCUCCUUCCUCCGCAACAUCAUCGCCGGCGAGAAAUACAUCGAGCCCGUCAACACCAUGACCAUCUUCAAUGAGACCACCGGCGCCAAAGCCCUCGCCACCUUUAAAGCCGGCGGUCUCUUCUCCGGCCGCAGCGAGGACGUCUCCGUCACCGCCUUCAACGCCGCCGCCCAACGCCUCCCCCUCGGCCUCCACGGCAAAUGGACCUCUCACCUCCACCUCACCCACGACGGCGUCGACACCGGCCCCCCCAUCUGGACCGUUGGCCAGCUUGUCGACCACGCCCCGGCACGCUAUGGCUUCCCGACCUUCGCCGCCGCGCUGAACGAAAUCACGCCGGUCGAGCGAGGGGCCAUCCCCGUGACGGACUCGCGGCUGCGCCCGGAUCAGCGGGCGGCGGAGGAGGGGGAUUUGGAUCGCGCGGAGGCGUUAAAGGCGCGGUUGGAGGAGCGGCAGCGGGCGAGGCGGAGGGUGAUGGAGGAGCAUGGGGAGCGGUGGACGCCAAGAUGGUUCGUGCAGGUGGGGGGGGAGGGGGAUGAGGUGUGGAA